AUGGAUGCGAAUAAUACAACAGACUGGCGCGAUAACAAAGGUUUGCCUGAAUGUAUGAUGUAUAUGCUACAGAAUGAGAUCAUGUGUGACGUCACGUUUAGAGUAGGAGAUGAUAGAACUCCUAUUAAAGCACACCAGUACAUGCUGUCUAGCCGAAGUGCCGUCUUCCAUACAAUGUUUGAAGGGUCUCUACCAGAAAAAGGGGAUAUAAUUCUACCCGAUGUGGAUGAAGAUACCUUUCGAGAUAUUCUAAAAUACUUCUAUAGCGAUGACAUCACAAUAACAAACAACAAUGUGAAGGAAAUGUUGUAUGCAGCUGAUAAGUAUAUGUUAGCUGCAGUGAAGAGGAAAUGUGAGACAGUUCUUAAACAAACGGCACAAUCAGAGCAUGCGACAAAAACAUUACAAACAGCAUACCAAUACCAUUUAUCAGAUCUCCAAACAGAAAGCUUAGACUAUAUAGAGAUGAAUACAAAGGCAUGUCUUCUGUCAGAACAUGCAGUAAGCCUUUCCAAGGAUUGCUUGGAGAUGAUUUUGAAAUCAGAUUAUUUAGACUGCACUGAAACAGACAUAUGUCAAUUUAUUUUACAAUGGGGUAAACACCAGUGUGAGCUUGCCAAGUUAGAGCCUUCUGGUGGAAAUAUCAGAGAAGCUCUUGGAAGUGUCCUGUUUCUGGUACGAUUCCCAAAUGUUGAAAUGAAAUUCUUUUCUGAAGCUGUUGCAAACUCUUGUUUACUGACGAGUGACGAAAUGGUAUCCAUUUAUCAAUCUCAUUUCGGUGUAAAAUCAAAAGCAUUUCCAAGUAGUUUGAGAGCUCCUGUAUUCACACGACAAACCUAUAGCAUCAAUCGAUAUGGACAGAUUACCGGACCAAUGGGAUCGUCGGGAAAUCAGUCUCUCAUUUUUCUUUCAGAUAAAGAUAUUUGGCUCAAAGGAGUUGUAAUUGUUCUUCCUUAUGUUCAACCAGCACCAUAUGGGUACCAACAAAACCAGGUUGCAAUAAGUAUAAGCAUACGAAUAAUGAACGAUUCAAACGAGGAAAAGAUUCACGAAACCAAACAAACAACCUUUGGACCAAAUAUUGCCCAAAUUUGGCAGAUGAACUUUACAAAACCAGUUCGUGUCUAUUCCAUGAGAGAUUACAUAAUUGAAAUGGACGACAUUGGACGUCAGACUAAUUAUGGUACAAACUGUAAAGAAUCUGUCACAGACCAGCAAUCUGGUGUGACUAUAAAGUUUAAGAACUCUCAAGUCAGUGGUGCUGGAACUAACAUUAAUCAAGGACAAUUUGUAGGGCUUUCUUUUAAACCAUAUCACUAUAUUAUGAGAAGAAGAAUGGCAUCAGUAGCUACAGACAUAACAUCUAAGAUAACACUAAAUGAUGGCGUGAAUAUGCCACUGUUUGGACUUGGUGUGUGGCGAGCCACGCCAGGACCGGGUGGUCAGACAGAACAAGCCGUACAGAUCGCAUUACAGAAGGGAUAUCGAAUGAUAGACACGGCUGAAAUGUACGAGAACGAAGCCGAUGUCGGAAAAGAACUAAAGAAAUCCGGAUUAAACAGAAAAGACGUGUUUAUUGUCACAAAGCUCAGUGAAAAUGGUUACGAUCGAUGCAAGAAAAUAUUCAAAGAAAGUUUGGAAAAGCUAGAUGUACCAUGUAUAGAUCUUUACCUAGUGCACUCACCAAAAAGUGGAAAAAUAAUCGAAACAUACAAAGCCAUGUUAGAACUGAAAGAACAAGGUCUUAUUAGAUCAGUAGGUGUAUCUAAUUUUGGUAUCCACCAUUUAGAGGGUAUAAAAUCUCAUGGACUUCCGGUACCAUCAGUUAAUCAGAUAGAACUGCAUCCAUGGCAACAGAAACCGGAUAUAGUUAAAUACUGUAGAGACAAUAAUAUAGCAGUCAUGGGAUAUGCUCCUCUCGUGAAAGGACAAAGAUUUGAUGACGAAACACUCUGUGAGAUCGCAAAAAGAAACAACAAAUCCCCAGCACAAAUACUUAUAAGAUGGAGUUUACAACAUGGUUUUAUAACAAUUCCUAAAUCUGUACAUUCUAAAAGAAUAGAAGAAAAUAUGCUUGUAUUUGAUUGGUCAAUAGAUGAUGAAGAUAUGGCAAUAUUAGAUAAUUCUCCCGACAAAUCCUGCAAACCAUGGAACCCCUGUGAUGUACCUUGGACAGGAUGACAUUUAUUUAUAAUAUGUUUUAGGAACAAUUGUAUUUAUAUGAAAGAUAAUAAUAAAAAUAUUUUAGACAA